AAUUCUAAAACCUCAAAACCCCUCAAAUUUCGUUAUCCUCUCUGCUUCGAAUGGCGCUCACCGCUUCGCUCGCACACAACGCAUUUCCGAAAUUCCCAACACCCUUCCAUGGCGAAGCCUCACCAUCUUCUUCAUCCUUUAUGGGUUCUUCGCUUACACUCUCGCGCUCUUCCUCCCUUACCGGGAACCAAUCACUUUCGAGAAAGCAAUUCGUGGUUCUCGCCAGGAAGAUUACAGGGUUGGAAGAGGCCAUGAAUAUCAGAAGAGAACGGGAACUUAAAGUUGUGACAAAGGUUAAGAAAAGGCCUCCAUUAAGGCGUGGGAGAGUAUCUCCUCGUCUCCCUGUCCCUGAUCACAUACCAAGGCCUCCUUAUGUAGGUUCAGAUAUACUUCCAGAAAUUGCAAGUGAGCAUCAAAUUCAUGAUUCUGAAGGUAUAGCUAAGAUGAGGGCUGCAUGUGAGCUUGCAGCACGUGUCUUAAACUUUGCAGGAACUUUGGUUAGGCCUUCUGUAACAACUAAUGAGAUUGAUAAGGCAGUGCACCAGAUGAUAAUCGACUCCGGUGCUUAUCCCUCACCCCUUGGCUAUGGUGGAUUUCCAAAAAGUGUGUGCACAUCAGUUAAUGAGUGCAUGUGCCAUGGAAUACCUGAUUCUCGGCAGUUACAGAAUGGUGAUAUUAUUAACAUUGAUGUGACAGUCUACCUGGAUGGAUAUCAUGGAGACACAUCAAAGACAUUUUAUUGUGGCGAUGUCAGUGAUGAACUGAAAAACCUUGUUAAGGUAACCGAGGAGUGCUUGGAGAAGGGAAUAGCUGUGUGCAAGGAUGGUGCUCUUUUUAGGAAAAUUGGAAAGAGAAUCAGUGAACAUGCUGAAAAGUAUGGCUAUGGUGUAGUGGAGCGUUUUGUUGGGCAUGGUGUGGGAACAGUGUUCCAUUCUGAACCAAUUAUUAUACAUCAUCGCAAUGACAAAGCAGGUUGUAUGGUUGAAGGUCAAACAUUUACAAUUGAGCCUAUUCUUUCCAUGGGAAGCAUUGAUUCCAUUACAUGGCCCGACAACUGGACAACAUUAACAGCUGAUGGUAGUCCGGCUGCACAAUUUGAGCAUACCAUUUUGAUAACUAGGACUGGUGCCGAAAUUUUGACAAAAUGUUGACAUGGUAAUUCUUUUUUAAUCCGCAUUGGUGGCCUUAUGAAAUCUAAAUGGAGUUUGUGCAAGUUGUAAAUAUGUGUCUGAAUCAAUAUGCUUCUUGAAGAUUAUGCUCAGUCAAGUAAAUUGCCUUCAGGAGUUGUAUUCCACAGUCUAGUGCAUAGAAUUUUCAUAUAUAUGGCUCCAACAUAGAGACUGAUUCAGCAGUUCAUGUUUCUAUCUGAAAAUGCAAAGUUAUGACAGUGGAUUAAUAGAGGUCUCUGCUCAGAUAACUGUCGAAUUGAAAGUUGAAUUGGUUGUCUAUUUUUCUUUGCAAUAAUAAAUUGGUUAUUAUUCGUUGGCAUUGUCUAUUUUAGGCUCGGAUGUUAUUGGAAAGAGUUUAAGCUGAGAUUUCAUAUAAAUUGAUGGACAUUACCCAUGGGACUACUUGAUCAAGCUGAACCAGACGAGGAUUCUCGAGUUAAAUUUCGGAUUGACAUAGUGAAUCUUCGUAUCAACAAAGCUCAAUUGUUUUAAUACAUAAUCAAAGUGAGGCUUAUCAUAAAGUAAUAAUCCCUGGGCUCAAUCAAGUCUAUAGAAAUAUAACGAUUGCCUAAAGUAUGAUAUUCUAUCAACUUAUCACACGGGAAGUUCAAUCAAUUUUUAUUUUAAGCUGCA